GUGAUCGCCAGUAUAACCAUCCGAUUUUAAGCAGUGCUACCCAGACCCCUACACAUGAAAAGCCACGGAUGAACAAUAUCCUGACGUCGGCCACGGAGCCCUAUGACCUCUCCUUCUCCCGCUCCUUCCAGAACUUGGCCCACCUGCCCCCCUCCUAUGAGUCUGCGGUGAAGACCCACCCCAGCAGGUACUCAUCCCUGAAGCGGCUAACUGACAAAGAGGCUGACGAAUAUUACAUGAGGCGGCGGCAUCUGCCUGACCUGGCCGCCCGCGGCACCCUCCCCCUCAAUGUCAUCCAGAUGUCCCAGAAGCCCUUACCGCGGGAGCGGCCCCGCCGGCCCAUCCGGGCCAUGUCACAGGACAGGGUUCUGUCCCCAGAGCGGGGCCUGCCCGACGACUUCGGCCUGCCCUAUGACCGCAUCCUGUCCGACGAGCAGCUGCUCUCCACGGAGCGCCUGCACUCCCAGGACCCGCUGCUGUCCCCGGAGCGGACGGCCUUCCCCGAGCAGUCCCUGUCGCGGGCCCUCUCGCACACGGACGUCUUUGUGUCCACGCCCGUGCUGGACCGCUACCGCAUGACCAAGAUGCACUCCCAUCCCAGUGCCUCCAAUAACUCCUACGCCACCCUGGGCCAGAGCCAGACGGCCGCCAGGCGCCAGGCCUUCGCCUCCCGCAGACACAACACGGUGGAGCAGUUGCACUACAUCCCGGGCCACCACACCUGCUACACGGCCAGCAAGACGGAAGUGACCGUGUGACUGGCCGGGCGGGGCGGGGCCGGGAGCGGAGCCCCUAGCUGCGUGUGGCCGCCCUGCCUUGUCCCGUCUGCAGGAGGUGGGGGCGGGCCGCCUCCGCCCAGAAAGCCAUACGCCGGGAGACACGGCCCCGGUGGCCUGGCCGGGCACACUCACACCUGGGACCUAGAGCGAUCUCUCUCACUCUUCCAGAAGCAUCCAGGGGAGCGAGGGGAGGGGCU